UAAUGAAAUGAUAGCGAGUGAUGUGAUGAUUGAUAAGGAUUACGUUUUUGCCAACCUGUAGAAUAGAAACGAGUUAAAAUAGGCUAUAGAUAGUGAGUAGUAGGAUAUAAUCAGUCUGGAAGGUACAAAUCAUGGAAAAUCAAGACCUUCAGAAAUUUGACGAGAAACACAAGACGGGUAGAAGUAAUACUAUGGAACAACAAGUUAAGUCCAGAGCUGUUGUAAAGUAUUCUGCAGUCCAGGCUCCUGCAAACUUUGCUCGGCUUCAGUGUAACACUGACCUCAACUUGCCUCCAUCAAACUGGCUCACUAGCUCAGCAGAGUCAUAUGGUCUACAACAUGUGCUUUGUAAAUCUACUGGAUUUUCAAGUUUUAGGAUGGCCCAUAUGUUUCCUGAUUGUCUCGCUGAUGUAGACGUUGUGUCUGACGCGGAAAACAUAAAAAAACUCCUGAAGAUACCAUAUAGCAGGGAUGCGGUGAGUAUGGUGGUGCACCGCAUUGAAAAAACAUUGCUGAUUGACGAGUUUGAUUUUCACAAACAUUUACUGCGAACUUCAGAAACUGACUGGGAGUGGCUGCGCAAGUUUUUCUUUGAACAAGUUCUGCAAACUCUAAGUGAAAAGGAUGUGGGUAUGUCAAUUAAAGACAAGAGUCGUCAUGUGCUGCAACAGAGAGCUCUGGUGUCAAAGUUCCUACAUUACAGUCUUGCAGAGCCCAAGGAUAAAGACAAUGAGCCUGUAACUGCAGAUGAGCCUAGCGUGAGCAACAACCAGCAGGACUUCCUAGCGAAUAAAUGGCCGCCACUGCCAGACCCUCGGCCAGAGGAGAAGCUGCCAGAUCCAACCACAGACCACACAUUUAACCGCAACGUCGUCUGGACAUUUGAAGACAUCCAGAUGCUGCUUGGUACUGAUCUGCCCAUCUUUGGAGGCAGUACACACCCUUGCAUCAGUCUGAGACUUAGAGACAUGACAAAGCCGAUCAACGUGUUGACGGGUAUAGACUACUGGCUGGACAACCUGAUGUGCAAUGUACCUGAGGUGGUCAUGUGUUACCACCUGGAUGGUAUUGUACAACGAUACGAGCUGGUCAAAACUGAGGAUCUGCCUCAACUGCCAGACUCCAAGUUCUCUCCGAACCUCAUCAGAGAUGUUGCUCAGAACAUUCUCUCCUUCCUCAAGUCCAAUGCCACCAAGGCAGGCCACACUUACUGGCUCUUCAAAGGCAAAGACGAGGAUAUUGUAAAGUUAUACGACCUGACAAGCCUGUGCUCAGAGAACUUGGUAGAGAAGGGACAGAACCCAUUCACAGUGCCCGUGGGGAUGCUCCUGUACCGUGUGGCACGCAACAUGAAACACUCGGCCGACCCAGCGUCCAUGCGACCUGGCACCAUCCGUGCACUUCUCAACAACUGCCUCUCUCUGCUGCCCAAGGAGAAGUAUCCCCAGAUUGUGACAUCAGCACAUUACAUGCUGUCAGACCUGUACUUACCUCUGGGCGUAGACCCUCAGUUUCUGAAGGAUGAGACGUCGUCCCCUGAACCUCCAGCUGAAGAUGAAGAAGACCCGUCUCCCAUCAAGAGCCUAUGUAUAUCUCCAGACUUUCAUCCACCACCACCAUUGCCACCUUACGUACCUCCUCCGCCCCUGGUAGGCUCAGUCCAGGAGAGAUGUCAACAAGCCUUGCAUCACGUAGUAGCUGGGCUGCAAUGUCUGCCUUACUUUGAAAUUGCUCCCCAACCUCAACCAAAAUCAGACCAUGGAGAAAGAAAUUCAGAUGAAACGUCAAGUAAUGAUCAACAUGAGCCAAAAAUGGCCCAGUCUCAUCAGCCCAUCCCUAUGCCUUACACUUGCUUGGCAUCAGAUCAGCCCAAGACAUCCAAGAAUGGACCUGUGACCAAUACAUUGCCUAAGAAAAAAAAUAAAAAGAAGAAAAAUGAGUCAAACCAAAUUGAAAAAGAGAAACAAAAAAAGGACAAACCGUUGACCCCAGAAGUUAAUGAAGACCAGGAAAACCAUGUUCUGGAUCAGUUUCCUGUAUAUUUUUGGAAUUCAGACCGCAAUGCUUUGCUGAAAAAGCCGCAGGCAAUGGCACUCCCAACAUGGCAUUCUCCAGAAACUGUGGAUGAUUUGUCUUGGAAAGGUCAUCUGAAAACUUUGCUCUAUGAAAAAGCAUGCUUAGUUUACAACACAUUGGCAGAGGUGGAAUACUCUGCAAAAAGGUACGGCAAGUCACUGCUAUAUGUCAAGAUGGUCUUGAGGUGUCAUACACACAUGGCACGAGGUUGUGGUAGAUGCAACAGCUUGGUCAGUGGCAUGCUGGGUAGAGGCGGAGACAACUGCUUCCACAUCACCCGGGACUGGAACAACCUGGAAACUCACAAGAAGGACUACCAGCAACUCUCACCCACUGACAAAGCCAUAGCUCAGGAGAUGGCAGCUGAUAUACCGAGCGACGAGUAUCCAAACGAAUGUGUAAUAAUCCCAGAGGAGUUUGAGAGUGUGGAGCAGAUGUUACUUAGCAGCUGGAGUUGCUAUCAUCAGGCCCUCAAGCUGAAGCCCAGUGACGCACUGCACGCAAGAAGUGGCAAUGUGCUCAACGAACUCCACACAAUCUACUUAAACAAGAUCAUAGCAGUGGAGGUAGACAAGAGGGAUGAUCCUUUGGUCAGAUCUCAGAUAGAAACUUGGUUCAAUUUAGCUCAGCAAUAUCUAGACUUGGGCCAGGAGGAGUUUGCCAAGAUUGGAGACAAGUACAACCUAGCACUACUCCUGUCCAACUCUGGCAAACUGAUGAGGAUGCAGGCAUUGUACAAGUGCAGUCCAGACAAACCAGGACUGCAACCCGAUGAACGGGCCUUCUACGACAAGGCUCUCAGUCUGUACCAAAAGGGGCUAGGAGUGCUGGGCAGUCGCAAGUCAGGUCCCCAGGUGUGGGAUGUUAUCACAUGGGAGCUGUCCACCACUCUCUACACAAUGGCUACUCUGUAUCAGGACAAUCCUCCGGCAAUAAAUGAUAAGAGUCAAGAGGAAACAGAGAGAGAGCUUAUAGAACUUUUUACCAAAGCCCUUCAGUCAUGUGAUCUAGAUACUACAGAUUUUCGUCAGUGUAUGUACCAAUUUCGGGCAGCCAUGCUCCACCACAAAUUGGGCUCGUUCUAUCAGCAAUUGUAUAGAACAAAACAAAUGGAUGAAUCAAAAAGGAAAAAUGUUCUACACCUAGUAAAUCUUCACUAUGAUAAAAGUGGUGCACUUAUGAAAGGACUGGAACACCCAAUAGAGUACCUUAGGCUCCAGUUAGAAAGGGUGGCGUUGCAGGAAUUCUUAGCUGAGAAGAGCAACAGCCUAAAUAACAAAUUGAAGGCUCUACAAACUGGUGUGGAUUUCUUGUUAAGUUGCCGUCCUGUAUUGGAGUCUAUUAUGGAAAUGCACAAAAUGGAAGAACUGAAAACAGAAAAAAUGAACGAAUCAGCCGAAGGUGAAGCAGCCAAAAAUGGAGAUGAACAAUUUAUUAUCAAUGAGCAAGAAAAUCUUCUCAUUAUAUAUGAGGCACGGCUUCAAUAUAUCUUAAAGUCCCUUGUUAUGCUUUGUGCUUCAAGCUCCAAUCAGAGGUUUACUGGCUUGUUACCCAAAUAUAAGGAGAUGUACAGUCUAGCCCUGAAGAAGAAGCAAGGAGUCUCUCUAGCCAAUCACUUGUGUUGUGCUGUUGUUGCAAUGGAGAACCUGCAGGGGGGUAAAGGGCAAACCAUAACGUGAUGUGAUAUGUUCUUACAAUGUCUUCUUGCAAAUGGCAAAAAAAGAUUGGAAACCAAAUUGAAUAUAGACAGAGGAUAAUGUCAAUGUGUUACUACAAGUUUCUAUUCCUACGUAAAUUGAUCAUUUUAUUGUUGAUAAGUAAAAUAGUAGUAAUUUUGUUUUUGGUGUGUAUUUUUAACAUAAUCUUUUAUAAUUAAUAUUAUUUACUUAUUUGUGUUUCUA